UAAGAGCUGUCUCAGUCUCUCUCUUUCUCUCUUCCUCACUCGCCCUCCAAAAACCCGAAAGCUGUUGGCUCGCGCGCGCUCUGUAAUUAUUCCACUCUCGCGCAGAAGAGUGCAGACUGCUGAAAGCUCCGCACCACUUUCCAUUUCUUCCCACCGCACUGCGAUUCCGCGAGGUGGCGGGUCUACUGGCGGACACUAACUAGCCCAACACCUGGAAAGAGCGUUCGCGAGGGCACGGAAACGUGUUUAGAGGUGCCUCGAGCAGACAACAAAUGUUCGAGACCCACGGCCACUGCCCCCAGACCCGACGGGGAGGGAGACAAGCAGAGCAGUGAUGGGACAGUUUUCGGGAGGAUGCUACUUGAGUUUUGGCAUCCUCGUGCUUCUCGGUUCGCAAGUCCCGUCCACAUUAGCUAGAGGUCCUCGAGGUGAGGCCCUGCAGCAUGGCCAAUCUGGGACACUGCCCCUCUUCCUGGAAGAGCCUGUUGAUGCUUACAUCGUCAAGAGUAACCCCAUCAAGCUCCGGUGUCAAGCUCGGCCUGCUCUUCAAAUCUUCUUCAAGUGCAACGGUGAAUGGGUCCACCAGAGCCAGCACAUGUCUCAGGAGCACACAGACCUGGGGACAGGGCUAAAGAUCCGUGAAGUUAUGAUCAACGUCUCACGUCAGCAGGUGGAGGACUUUCACGGCCCAGAGGACUACUGGUGUCUGUGUGUCGCCUGGAGUCACUUGGGAACUUCCAAGAGCCGCAAGGCAACUGUCCGGAUCGCCUACCUGAGGAAGAACUUUGAGCAAGACCCCCAAGGCACUGAGGUGCCUCUGAAUGGCAUGAUUGUGUUGCACUGUCGUCCCCCAGAGGGAGUGCCUGUGGCUGAGGUGGAAUGGCUAAAAAAUGAAGAGCCUCUCAGCUCCGAGGGUGUCAUUGAUACAAGAGGCGACCAUAAUCUCAUCAUCUCAGAAGCUCGCCUCUCUGAUUCCGGAAACUAUACCUGCAUUGCCAGCAAUAUUGUGGCCAAGAGACGCAGUGCAACAGCCACUGUUGUAGUCUAUGUGAAUGGAGGCUGGUCAUCGUGGACAGACUGGUCACCCUGUAAUGUACGCUGUGGCCGCGGUGUGCAGAAACGUUCACGCACUUGCACAAAUCCAGCUCCUCUCAAUGGGGGAGCCUUCUGUGAGGGCAUGUCUGUACAGAAGAGCACCUGCAACACACUGUGCCCAGUGGAUGGCAGCUGGGGAGAGUGGAGCGAGUGGUCGGUGUGUAGUUCAGACUGUGAGAGGCAGCGCAGCAGAGAGUGUACAGCUCCGGAGCCCAAACAUGGAGGACGGCUGUGUGACGGUGUGGCGCUGGCUACAGACAACUGCACUGGCAGCCUCUGCACACAGAAUCGAAAGUUGCUACAUGAUGCUAAACCACAGGGUGUGGAGAACAGCAGUGAUGUGGCCUUGUAUUCGGGCCUUGCUGCAGGGGUGGUGACAGUGGUGCUUCUGAUCAUCGCUGUCACACUUUACAGAAGGAGUCAGAGUGAGUACGGUGUUGAUGUCAUCGACUCCUCAGCCCUCACUGGGGGCUUCCAGUCCUUCAGCUUCAAGACCUCCCGUCAAGCAAACCCCCUGCUUAUUAAUUCAUCCAUGCAACCCGAUCUGACAGUGUCGCGUACCUACACCAGCCCCAUGUGUUUUCAGGACUCCAUUGACAAGGAGCUGAUGGCCGAGCGCUCACUCCUUGACCCAUUGCCUGAUCUCAAGGUCAAAGGGGUGGUAGAGAGGGCAGAGUACCAUGUCAUGUCCCACCCUCAGACGUUUCCAAGGGGCCUGGCUCCAGACUAUAGAGGGGUUGCAGUGGGGACGACGCUGGGCAGAAGAGGCAAAAACCUCUUCACCCCACAAGUCUCUUUGACUCCCAGCAGGCCUCUCCACAAAGCGACUGCAGUGUUUGGUCAUGCUGGAGGGAGACUGGUGGUACCUAACACAGGUAUCAGUCUGUUGGUGCCUCAUGGGGGGAUCGCAGAAGACACUACCUGGGAAAUGUACAUGAUCAUCAACCAGGAGGACAGCAGUACUGUGUCCGAGGACGGGCCAGAGACCUUUUUGAGCCCCGCAGUCACGUACGGCCCACCAGGCCUUGACCUGUCCUGUCCCAUAGCCAUGACCAUUGCCCAUUGUGCAGAAGUCGCUGCUGAUAAUUGGACCAUUCGACUAAAGAGACAAAUGCCGGACAACAAGUGGGAGGAAGUGAUGUCUGUGGACGAGGAGAGCACGUCCUGCUACUGUCUACUGGAGGCCCAGAGGUGCCACGUGCUGUUGGAGCAUCCGGGCCGCUACGCCCUGGUGGGGGAGCCGCAGAACCAGGAGGCAGCCAAGCGGCUGAGACUGGCUGUGUUUGGUAGUCCGGAUACGAGCAACUCUCUGGGCUUUACCCUCAGGGUCUACUGUGUGGACGACACGCCCCACACAUUUCAGGAGGUGGCAGUGGGCGAGCGCAGCAGGGGCGGGCGGCUGCUGGAGGAGCCUAAAAUGAUGCUGUUCCGGGGAAACACUUUCAGCCUCCAGGUGUCCAUCCAGGACGUCCCACAGUUACUCUGGAGCAUCAAACCUUUCACCACCUGCCAGGAGUUCUCCUUUUCUCAGGUGUGGGCCAGUAACCAGCGUCCCCUGCAGUGUGCCUUCUCUUUGGAGCGAUACAGCCACUCAUCGUCUCAGCUCUCCUGCAAGAUCAGCGUCCGACAGGUCAAAGGCGACGAGCAGAUACUCCAGGUCUAUGCGUCUGUGGUGGAGAAUGAAAAGGGAGUGGUUCCCUUUUUCACGCAGUCAGACUGUACCAUCACCUCUCAGACAGGGUCAAGGGCCUUUAAAAUCCCCCUGUCCAUCCGUCAGCGGAUCAGCGCCACCUUUGAUACCACUAAUGUCAAGGGGAAGGACUGGCAGCUCUUGGCUCAAAAGCUCCACAUUGACAGGAACCUGUGCUACUUUGCAUGUCAGGAGAGCCCAUCAUCAGUGAUUCUGAGUCUAUGGGAAGUCCAGCACCAGGACUCAGGGGACCUGGACUCUCUGGCCAGUGCCCUAGAGGAAAUCAGCAAGGUCCAGUCCCCCAGGACCGCCACUAUUGACUGCAGCAGAGAAGAACGGGACUCAGAAUUCACUAAACUUGGAGCCAGCAUCCAUUUGGAAAAAGAUAUCCUGUUCAGGAAGAUCCCUCAUUCAGUUGCUUCUUUUGCCCCUAAACUUAAUAAAGUGACUUUGUGUUGAA